AUGGCAGGGCAAGCUGGUUACGCUCGGCUCUCCGAGGAAGGGCCUGCGUGGCGCGGCGCUCCGGUUCAGGCCUCGGCGGAGCUCAGCAGCUCUCCCAAGGCGCCGUGCCGCGCGUCGCCGUGCGAGACGAGCGCCGGUGCGGAGCCGUCAACCGCGAGAGCGGCAGGCAGCGGUGCGGCGAGCCGCGCCCGCCAUGCUGCUCCCGCCCUGCUCUACGAGCCCAGCCUGGCGUGCGCCUCGCUUCCCUGGUGGCUCGUGCUGCUGCUGCAGGCCGGGCUCUGGUGGACGCUGCAGCAACAGCAGCCCUCGGACCCGUCCGACGACUACUCCGUGUGGCGCGACGGGUGGGCCGCGGCGGCUGGCUCGCACGGCCUCUGCUCGUCCUCGGAGCGAGGCAUGCUCCGCUUCGACGAGGAGAGCGGCGCCUUCAUCGGCUGCGACGGCAGCGCGUGGUCGCGGCUCGCGUUUUGCUGCGCGCCAGACCAGCCCGAGCCCCCGACGCUCGCGCUCGCGCCGGCGGGGAGCAGCGGGAGCUCCAACGCGCUGCACGCCUCGUGGCGCCCUCCCGCCGCACACGGCUCUCCCGUCGUCUCGGGGGAGCGGCUCGAGUGCACCGUGCUCGGCCUCAACGCGUCGCAGCCCCACUUCCUGUGGCUCGCACUCCAGCCGGCGCCGCAGCCGGUCGCGCUUAGCGCACUCGACGACGGGGACUGCGCGUUCGGCAUCGGCGACGCGCUCGCGCCGCUCCCGCCGGAGAGGCGAUCGGGUGGAGUGACUGAGGCGCUGAACUUGUCGAGUUCAGGCGACGCGCUGGUGCUGCAGUUUGACGAGCCGACCAACCGUCCGCUGGCGGUGGAGGGGUCGCUCUCCGCCGCCGCGGUCGAGAGGCUUCUCGACUUUUCGCCUCCGGUGCUCGACAGCAGCGGGCUGCGAAGCACGCUGCUCGGCGCGUGGGACGAGGCGGGCAGGAGCCUGACGCUGCGGCACGGGAACGCGACGCACGGCCCCGGGCCAGCGCGGGACGUGGACCUCUACCUCGCGGAGGCGCGCCAUGUGCGCGUGCGGAUCAAGCCGGAGGGGCUCGCCCUCGUCGCGCCGCCCGGCCUCUCGCUCGCCGCCGACAGCUCCUCUCCGCCGCUCAAAGUGCCGGGCUGCUUUGUCGACGGGUUCGAGGUCGGGGAGUUGCGCUGGUACGCCGAGGGCAGCGACCCGGAGGCGUACAACGUGUCGGUCAACACCGCGUCGCCCCACUCCGGCAAGCACUCCCUCCGGAUCGCGGGAGGGAGCGGCGGCCAGUUCGACGGCCUCUCCGCCUCGCUGCCCGGCGCCUCGGGCGAGCCGCGCGGGAUCUCCUUUUGGCUGCGCACCUCGGUCGCGGGCAACGUCGGCUACCUCGCCCUCGGGGGCAAGUCGCUCGCGCAGUCGGUCGUCUUCUUCCACCUCCGGCCGAGCGGCCAGGCGGGCCUCCUCUCGACGCACGGCUACUUCAUGGGCGGAAACUACUCGGUCAAGAGGUGGCUGCACGCUCGCUCAGCCGACCUCUCGCUCGACGACAAGCUCGUCGCCUCCAACGUGCGGUUUGUCUCGGACGAGGCGCUCGAGGGGCGCACGCUGCACGUCUUCAACUCGGACCCGGGCACCGUCUGGUGGGACGAUUUUGUAGUGCACUGA